CCCGUCGCUGCCGGCUGAGGGCAGAGCUCUACCCCACAGCUCUCCUCCGAGAUGGCGGCGGUGUCAGUGUUUGGGGUUGCCAGAAGAGGCCUGACGUGGAUCGUCUUAGGGGCACCACGCAGAGAAUUUUGGUCUCGGUUCAGAAAAGAGAAAAAGCCACUGGUGGCUGAGACAGUAGAAGAGGUAAAGGAAGAACCUAUUUUGGUGUGUCCACCCUUACGAAACCGAACAUACAUACCACCUGAAGAUCUCCAGGGUCGUGUGGAAUCUUGUGUCAAAGAAAUUUUUGGCUCAUCUGUUCCUAGCAAUUGGCAGGAUGUGUCCUUGGAAGAUGGUCAUCUGAAAUUCGGUUUGUUGGCACGUUUAGCUGAUGACUUGGGCCAUGCAGUGCCCAGCUCCAGGCUUCACCAGAUGUGUAGGGUCAGAGAUGUUCUUGAUUUCUAUAAUGUGCCUAUUCAUGAUAGAUCUAAAUUUGAUGAACUUAUUGCCAGUAAUCUGCCUCCCAAUUUAAAAAUCACUUGGGGUUACUGAGCAAUUCAAAAAAGGAGCAUGUUGAAAUCAUUUUAUCCUGAGCAAGGGGCUGGUUAUUGGACUUGUACUUUACCACGUAAAAUGCUAUCAGAACUGUUAUCUAAACCCACUUUUCCUGUGGAAGAAUGAAUUAUGUCUUUUUUUUUUUCCUUGUAUCAUGAAUUAACAGCAGAAUUUUCUUUUUCACAUUUGCUGAAAUUUUGUUGUUGUUGUUUUAAGUGGAAUCAGAUCAUUAUUCAUGUAUGAAAGUUUUCUUCUCUGGAGGACACAGUAAUUAAACUUGUUUUUAAGAUAUGAGGCUAUUAUAUGUUCAGAUGUGGUCUUUAUUCUUCAUAGGCAUAAAAUAGAUGCAAAAACAUGGUUUAAUCCUGUUAGGACUCUUAAAUCUAAGGUGGUAUUAUGUAUAGUACAUAUACAAAUAAGGACACUUGGAUAUUUAUAAAAGAAAUGUAAAACUAUGUUUAUUAUAGCAAGUUGUUUCUUUCACUGCUUUACUACAUAAGGAGAAAUAGUAGCAAAUGAUACUGUUCAUUCUAGAUUAAUCUCUUUUGGAAUUAAAAUACAUUUUUUGAA